CUCAGGUUUGGACAUGUUAUACAGGAAUAUUAUUACUAUCAGUGCAUAAAACUAAAUUCGAUAAGAAAAACAAACGAGUUGGAGAAUGUGACUGGUCUGAUUCUUGUCAAUUAUGCAACAAAAAUUUCCAAUUAGUUUAUUUUUUCAAGAAUAUGUCAGCAGCAGAAGAUUCAAGUGAAGGGCCAGUCACAAACCCAUCUAUUAGUUUUUUACUACGCCAAGUAUAUUACGCCCACAGGAAACAAGUGAAAGAAUUAGAAAAUGAAAUCGUCACAUUGAAGCAGAUGAUAAAUAAACAGAAGAAGAAUGACAGUGUACCACCUUGUGAAGAAUGUAAGAAAAUGAAGACGUUUGUUGCAGAACAGGAACAAAAAAUUCUUUUGCUUGAACAAAAGUUUGGAAAAACCUCAGAAAUCAAACAUCAGUUCUCUGAAAGAUCCAUAGGAGUUCAAACUGAUCGUCACUUAGAAACAUCACAAAGAACAUUCUGGAAGAAGAGAAGUCAUAGUAAUGGUUUACCAACUGCGAAGAAACGUACUAAAUGUGUUUCUUCAGUACACAUUAAAGAUGAUGAAGAUGGUCAGCCUGCCUCUUCAAGAAGUAAGGAUUUAUGUAGAGUUCCAUCUAUUAGAGAGAGCAAUGUACUAGUACCGGAAACUUUGACCAUUGAACCACAGGUCAGUUUUCAAGAUGAACAUUCCCAAAAUGUUACUAUUGCUCACAUAGCAGAAACAUUAGAUGAUCAGAGAAAUUUUGAUGCUCCACAUGAUAAAUCCAAACUCGGCUCUGAAAACAGCAUUAAAGCAGAAAUUGUAACAACAUCCAGCAGAGAGAUCAAUAAUAUUGUGAAUCCAGUCUCUCUUGUAAAAACGGUAAGUACUUCUAUUCUUACCUCAACACAAAAGUCCUUCAGGACAAGGCUUUCCAAGUCCAAACUGCAACUACCCAUAUCAUCCAAGUCAGCAGUACAACAUGCUGAAAGCAAAGAGGACAGUGAGAAGGAAAUCUUUUCUCCAUCACCUAUACGUUCAAGUGUUCUACAGAUGAAGGGAAACACUCGGAAAAAUGUAACCAGUAACCCUGUAGUUUCUCAACAAAACAUACCAUUAGAUGACUCUCCAUCUCUGUUGUAUUGUAAACAGCAGGAGGAAAUGUAUGAUAUUUGUAAAAACAAAAAUGAUGUUAUAAGUGAGUUGUCAGCCACAACGGAUAACUUCUCAGUUCAAGAACCUCAAGAUUUUGCUCGGAUUCAGCCCUCUACACCUGCAUUGUUUGAGACUAAAAAGGAAAACUUGAGUCUGGAUAAACUUUCCAAAAAACUAAAGUUAACUUCCAAAUAUAUGAUGGAGCUACAGCCACCUCCUAAUUGUCUUAAAAAAUCAAAACUAAAGCAAACAAGAUUAUCAGCCACAUCAUUUAAUCCUCCUUCGAAAGACUUAACAAAAAUUAAAAACUUUAGUGGUGGACUUAGAACAGUUGAUAAAGCCUUAAAUGAAUCUGUAGAUCGGUCUUUGAAUGUUUACCAGAAAGAAUUAUCUAAGAGAAAUGCCAGUUAUACUUCAGGUUGGAUGAGUGAACAGAUUCAAGAAACCUUAUUACCCAAGAAUUUGACUGAUAGCAAGCUUGAUGAAACUUUACUGCCUCAAGAAGAAUCUGGAGCUGUUUUGAAUCAAGUUGAAAAUCGAAACAUGAACUCUGAAUCAUUACGAUAUGUAUGGGAAGUUACAGGAGAAGCUGCCAUGAACUGGAAUGGAAGUAUAGAUCCAGCAGUUUGUCUGACAGAUUAUGAAUCCAGCAUGACUGUAAAUGUAGGUACUUGUAGAAGUAAAGGGAUGAAGGUACCAGUUGAGACAGAAUCGGAUCAUGAAGAAGUGGUGUUGAAUGAUAGAAACCAAGAAAGCUAUAGUGAAUCGGAGAGUAGCGAAGACCUGUUGAGUGCUAUGAGUAUAACUACUCCUCAGAAAACCCAGCCUGAACAAGCUCAAG